AUGCCGCCCCGAUCCCGCAAUGUGACGUCCGGUGCCGUCUCCGAAUCCUCGCCGCAAAAUCGAAAAAGCAAUCAGACUGGAAGUAACAAGCGAGAUCUUGAGACAGUACAAGAGCAGGGCUCGCCGCUAAGGAGAUCCAAAAGGGUCAAGGCAGAAGCUUCAAAGACCAUAUCAGGGGUCGAUCAAUCGGAGAUCAGUGACGCUGUCGACUCGAAAAAGCCUCGCGCUCGAGCUUCCGUCAAGAAAGAAGCUGAGGAGGAAGUUAAGAUAUCCGUCGAUGCCAAGUUGGAAACACAAAGCCUAGUGAAGACCGAGCAACCGGAAAAAGCUACAGUGGCAGCAACUGUAUCGCGCAAGAGGAAACCGAAACAGGAGAAGGAAGUCGAGAUGAUUCCAUUGAGAGCCAGGACGCAAGGACUGCGCAUUGGUAACUCAUUCGCGCUCUUCUUGAAGUCGCAGAGGAAAUGGGACAACCCUCCUCUUCAGGAUGACAUUCGAGACCAAUUCCGUCAGCUGUGUCUAGAGCACAAAUACGACGGCGCGAGACACAUUCUUCCCCAUGGUUCAUAUCUCGUCAACCUAGCCCAAGAAGACAAAGCCAAGGCAAAGCAGGCAUACGAUUCUUUCCUGGAUGACCUUCGUCGCUGCGAAGCCCUCGGAAUCACUCUCUACAAUUUCCACCCCGGCAGCGCAAACCAGAGCAGUCUCGCAGACGCUCUCGCCAGACUCGCCAAGGCGCUCACCAACGCACUCGAAGCCACCUCAACCGUAACACCGGUCCUCGAGACGAUGUGCGGCCACGGCACAACAAUCGGCGGCUACCUGACCGAAUUCCGCGACCUCCUCGCCCUGAUUCCGCGCGAGCACCACGCCCGCAUCGGGAUCUGCAUCGAUACCUGCCACAGCUUUGCAGCAGGCUACGAUCUCGCCACGCCCGCCGGCUACAGCACCUUCAUGCAGGAUUUCGAAGACGUAAUUGGCCUGCAGUACCUGCGCGCCCUGCACCUGAACGACUCCAAGGCCCCGCGCGGCAGCAAACGCGACCUCCACGCAAACAUCGGAACAGGCUUCCUCGGCCUCCGCGCCUUCCACAACAUCAUGAACGACCCGCGUCUCGAAGGUCUCCCCAUGAUCCUCGAAACACCCAUCGACAGACCCGCCACAACCGCCGCCAAAGCAAAAACCACGACCACCACCAAAGACAACAGCGACAGCGAAGCCGACCUAGACUCGGACCCCAACUCUAAACCCAAGAAAAAAGUAUUCAAACGUCCCGCCGGCGCUAAGGCACCCUCUGUCCCGGACCCGUCCGUCUGGGCCCGCGAAAUCGCCCUCCUCGAGUCCCUCAUAGGCAUGGACCCGGAGAGCGCAGAGUUCAAGACCCUCGAAGCCGAUCUCGCGGAGGAAGGCAGGGAGACCCGCGAGAAACAUCAGGAGCAGUACGAGCGCAAGCUGGCGACCGAGGAGAAGAAGAAAAGCAAAGCUGGCGGGACGGGGCAGAAGACGUUGAUGGAGAUGGUGCAGGGUUCUGCGAAGAAGCGGAAGGCGGGGAAGGCGGUUGAAAGUGAGAGUGAGGAUGAGGGGUGUCAGAGUCAUUGA